AUGGUCCUGUUAACCAAUGUACAAUUUGAGCUUACUCCGACCAGAAGAGGUGGGUUUUAUGCCAAAAUAGGAGUUGGAUCGAAAUAUGUCUUACAAACGGUUUAUGUGGACACCGGCAGCACCCUUUUCUGGAUCAACUGUCAGCCAUGUGCCUUCAGCAUUUACAUGCCGGAACCCAUAUUUGAUCCGAGGACAUCUUCCACAUUUGCCUUCGAUGAUUGCGAUGGCAAUAUUUGUAAAGGAACUCGUGCAAUUUCGUGCGGGUAUGAUCAAACUUACAACUUUAGAUGUGAAUUUGUCAUAGAAUAUGCUGAUGGUUCUUCUUGCAGUGGCCGGGUGGCUAGGGAGCAGUUUGCCUUUGGUGAAGAAGUCCUACAAGGGAUUUUCUUUGGAUGUUCAUAUAAGACCAAACUAGUAGAUACUAGUGGCAUUUUGGGACUCGCCGAGCAUUCUAGUUCUCUUCUUACACAAUUAGGAUAUAGAAGGUUUGGGUAUUGUAUUGGCGAUGUUGCUGAUAUGUCUUAUUCAUACCACAAAUUGUUCAUAGGAAACUCAGUUACCAUAACAGGUGACAAGACUUCACUCAUUGUGGAUUCUAAGUACUAUAUUAAUGUGGAGCGCAUUGAGGUUGGCGGUCUUUUAUUGGAUAUUGAUAGAGAUAUAUUCAAGAAAAAGGAUCACACCGGUGGAAUGGUGGUUGACAACGGGUCACCUUAUACGUUCAUGCCACUUGUGGCGGUGAAAUCCUUCGAGACAGCUUUGAUCAAGAUGUUUACAAAAGCUAAUUUUACAAUAAAUAAGUUACACUCAUAUAGAGGAUACCAGAAGUUGUGCUACGAUGGAGAUGUAAAGAAAGACUUGGACUUGCAGUCUUUUCCACCUGUGAAAUUAACAUUCGAGGGUGGCGCAACUAUGGAACUAAUCGCCGAAAAUGUUUUUCAUCAAGUUUCCGAAUCAUCUUUUUGUUUAGGAACCCUACCCAUUGAAGUUAUCCAUGAAGAUGCUACAAUAAGUAUUUUAGGUUUUCACAUGCAGCAACAAUUCUACGUAAGCUUCGACUUGGAUAGAAAGGAAUUUGCAUUCACUAGAAUGGAUUGCGAGACAUGGAGUUAA